UUUUGUCUGAGGAGUAAAAGCAAAACCCAAAUCUCAAUCGAAUUUAAUAAUAAUAGCGUCAGAUACAUAGGGGGACAAGUGGGAUAAUGCGAUGUAGAUUUGCUAAGAUCUUUCAGUAUCCCUUCUUCAGUCCCUAAAGUAGAUUUCUUCCUUUACUAUAUCUGCUAUCGCCACAUGACCCCCAACCCACCAAAUAGAAACCUCCUUUAUUCCCUUUUAGUAUUUCCCCUUUUGUAUAUAUUCGCUUUACUUCUACUCUAUUUUCUUGGUGGUGUCUAGCACAUUUCUUGAAACAGAAACACAGAGACCCAUUUGGAAACAUAGAUACAAAGGACUCAUUUUGGUAUUUUGGGUAAUACAAGUAAUGGAAAUGGCACAAGAGUUGCAUGUUCUUGCUGUAGAUGAUAGCCAUGUCGAUCGGAAGGUUAUUGAGCGGCUGUUGAAGAUUUCUUGCUGUAAAGUUACAGCAGUGGAAAGUGGAACGAGGGCAUUGCAAUAUUUGGGGUUGGAUGGAGAGAAGAGUGCUAUGGGGAUCGAUGGUUUGAAGGUAAAUCUGAUACUGACAGACUAUUCUAUGCCUGGGAUGACUGGAUAUGAACUUCUCAAAAAAAUCAAGGAAUCAUCGGUGUUGAGUAAGAUCCCUGUUGUUAUUAUGUCAUCUGAGAAGAUUUUAGCUCGCAUUGAUAGAUGUUUAGAGGAAGGUGCUGAAGAAUUUCUCCUGAAGCCUGUUAAGCUAUCCGAUGUUAAACGUCUCAGAGACUUCAUACUGAGAGGGAAGAUGAUCAAAGAAGUAUGUUCUAGAAAGCGAAAAUUUCAAGAUGAUGAUUCAAGGACACAACCAAUGCCAUCUUCUUUAGUUACAGCCCAUGACAUAGAAUCAUCACCAGAAUCUUCAGUAUCAUCGGAAUCUCAACAGCCUAUGUCAAAGCAAUCCAAGAUUGGAUAACACAGGAUAUAUUGAAGAUAUGACAGAGCAUAAUUUUUUGCUUGUGUGUAAUUGAGCUAGUUGUUGUUGUCACCAUUUCGCUAGCAUCAUCUUUUGACACCUUGUGAGCUUUCUUUUCUGUGUAUACCCUUACAGUUGUACAUGUUUAGUUCACCAUUUUGGACCCUUUUUGAAAAGAGAAAUGAGCUCUGUGGAAAUAGGUUGGAAAUCCAAAUGAUUUCUUGUUUCUUUUGUAUCGAACUGGAAUAUUGACAUUUAAACUCUAUGACAAAUGCCUUCUUAGCAACCAAA